UCAAAAAUUCAUAAAAAAUCUAAAUUUGAUCAAAAUAAGCUGGAUUUUUCUGUACAGCAUAGAAACAUGUCAAAGACUAUAAAAACAAAAAAUUCUCUUGUGAUAUUUGUCAAAUACCUCUAUUGUAGUACAGGCCUAGUGUUAUAUUCGACUAACAAGUAGCUGGGCGAGCACUAUGCCAAAAUCAUGUGGAAAAUCCUGCAAUGACAUAAUGAAAAUUUUAAAAAUAAUGAAACCAUAACAACAAACUUUCCCACCUCUAGACUUUAUGAAUCAUAGAUGAACGAUACAUGAGUAAAUAGAUUUACAAGUACAGCCUCAAAAACUAAAAAAGCAGUCCAAAAAAGUCGGGAAUGUGGUUUUAACGGACUUACUAUGCUCCUUGAGGGAUACAAGAAGACUUAGAAGAGAUGUUCCUUGCCAUGUUAACGCACGUGUCUUAAAAAUAGGAGGAGUCUGCAUGCCCACAUCAAUCAUAGAUAAUAGAGUAGUCUAAAUGAAAUUUACUCUAACAUCUAUGCAUCAAUGAACUGUGACUCGAUUUAUCAGUGGUCAGAUUGAGAAUCAAGCGAAGGCUCUAGUAGCAACAUGAAUACUUGUCUCCUAUUUCUGUUGGCCUUUAUUAUUACCAAUGAUGCUCACAAUUGCAGUCGUCAGCCUGAUGAGCUCCAGUUUCUCUUCAUGGCGAGUAAUGGUAGCCUGUACAAUUCUUUCGGCAGUUUGCUUGGAGUUGACAUAGCUCUAGAAAAGAUCAACAGCAACUCUUCACUUCUUGCAAACUUUACACUGAGGUACUCUAAUGCAGCUGAUUCCCAGUGUCGUAGAACACCAUCAAUUUCAGCAUUUCUCUCUCAGCGAAUUGCUCCAUGUUCAAACUUCCUUGCGGUAAUAGGAUCAGGCUGUUCAGUUGCUACAGAUCCUGUUGCUGAAAUUGGUCCAUUCUGGGGUCUAUCUCAUGUCUCCUUUUCCUCUUCUUCUGUCCAUCUGAGGGAUCGUGAUCGUUUUAGGAAUUAUUUCCAAAUUUACGCAUCAGAGAAUAACUACAUUCCAGCCAUAGCAUCACUCAUAACUUAUUAUGGAUGGAGUCGAGUUGUCAUUAUUACAGAGAGAGUGUCACUUUUCACUGAAACUGAGGAAACACUUUUCAAGCUACUGGCUGCAAAAUCUGUUGCUGCUACAAGGAUUGAUUUUGAGUCUGACGAAGAUCCUGCAGAUAUUCCUAAUUUGUUUCCUGAAAGUGGAAGAAUUUUUUUCUUAAAUAUGUGGGAGCCAAAAGCAAGACAAGUCAUAUGUGAGGCAUAUAAAAAAGGAUAUACUGAUAGAAGACGAUAUGCUUGGAUACUGUAUGGAUGGUACAAUAAUGAGUGGUGGAAUAUACCAUCUCAUAGUACACCUAAUAACACAUUCACUUGUACAAGUGACCAACUUUACUCUGUACUCAAUGGAGCACUGACUAUACAGCAGUAUCCUAUUAAUAUUAAUGUAACAAAGACUGCCAUUGGAAACCUUUCAUACAAUGAAUUUUAUGAAUUAUAUAAUUCAAGACUUGCCAAUCAUUCAUCAUAUCCAGAAUAUCGUUAUAUCCUAUCAUCCUAUGUAGCACAUAUGGCAUAUGAUGCCACAUGGACACUAGCACUUGCUCUUGAUAGAACAGCAAAAAGAAUAGCAGGAGGUCAAGGCCCAGGUCCUGAGUGUAGUGGUACACUGACCCCAUUAGAUGAAUGGAAUAAUACAAUAACAGCUACCUCUUGCCUAAUAAGAUAUGAGCUAGGAAGAACCAGUUUUGAGGGAUUAACAGGUAAUGUUAGCUUUGAUGAUGAUGGUAUUAGAUGUAAAAGUCCAGCAAGAAUUUAUCAAAUAAAAAACAAUGAGCAACUGCUGGUGGCUAGGUGGUUUCAAGACGAAUUCAUUUAUUUGAACAAUCAGAGUACUUCAACCUUGUUUCCAGAUGGUGUUCCACCAGAUGGUACUCCUAUUAGGAUAGUCUCUACAUUUCAUCUCUCAUUGGUUGUCAUUUUUUAUGCAAUCAGUUUUGCUGGCCUUGUAUUUUGUGUUGUCUGUCUUAUAUUCACCUUUUAUUUUAGAAAUAAGAAAUUAAUCAAGCUUAUUAGUCCUAAUCUUAAUUAUUUCAUAAUUGCUGGCACUUCAAUGGUCUUUCUCUCGAUAUUUGUACGAAUAUUUCCUUUUGAUACCAGCAAUGAAAAAACAUUCAAGAAAACUCGGCUCCUGUUUUGCUAUAUUUCACUGUACCUUGAUUUCAUCGGAUACACAAUUGCUUUUGGAACUAUCCUGUCUAAAAUGUGGAGAAUAUAUUACAUAUUUUAUAAUCCUUCGCCUAACAAAAAAAUACUCACUGACUGGCAUUUGAUUGGUUUAAUUCUGUUGAUAACUGCUGGUAUGGUUGCUAUACUGAUAAUUGGAUCUGCCGUACCUCAGACAAGAUUGAAACUUUCAUUGGAAUCUGAUAGGGAGCAUUCAAACAAGUUUGAUGAAAGAGGAGUGCCACUAGAUUAUUAUGUGUAUCAUUGCUUCACUACAGCGUCCUUUGUGUGGCUCAUUUUUCCUUACAUUUAUCUUGGAAUGCUUCAAAUAAUAGCUCUCAUUCUUGCCAUACAAACACGCAAAGUUUGUAUUAAGAUACUUAAUGACUCAAAGGAGGUUGCAGUUAUCAUUUACAUAACUAGCAUUGUACUGGUAGAGCUAGUGAUUGUAUCAUUUGCUCUAUCUAAUUUUAAUAAUAUUCAUGAGGUGCUUUAUGAUGCUGGCCUGCUGAUUGUGGCUUUUACUAUCUUACUAGUCAUAUUUGCACCAAAAAUGUAUCACUUGUAUAAAGAUCCCAAGGGAGAGAACUGUGAUACCUCACAGUCAAUGUCUUCCAUUGAGUUUGGAAGAAGUGGAGCAUUCACAGUAGUCAGUGAUAAAGAGAGGAUUGAUCAACUGCAAAAGAAAGUUCUGGAGCUACAAUCACAGCUAGAUGGAAAAACAGUUUUAAAUGGAGAAAGAAAAUCUGUCACAUUCAUAGAGACUUCUAUGGUGGCUUCAUUUACUGAGGCAAAUGUUUGAACUGUAUUUGUAUGGUGUCAUGGUGUGUUUUAUUGUUUUUAUUCAAGCACAAUUUUGUGCUAAAAGUUUUAUAUUUUUAAGAUUGACUUCUCAAAAGAA